CCCCAAAAGCAAACGGGGCGUGGGGGUGUUUUGGUCAGCUUAGGCGCCUUCAUUGAACGGGGACUGGCACCCUGCCCCCGAUGAUAUUGGGGGCGUAGGCGCCGAACGAGAAUAUCAGCGCCGUCACCGCACCUGCAGACAGACAGGCCAGCCAUUCGUCAAGUCAGCGGAUGGAUGGAUGGAUAGAUAUGUCUCGUCCUUCUCUCUCUCUCUCUCUCUCUCUCUCUCUCCAUCCCCUCUCUCUCUCUUUGCCCACAUACGUACGUACCUGCGAAGAUGAGUGUGAGGACCCAUGCGCCGAACACGCCGAUGAGGAGCUUCCAGUUGACCCCGGCCCUUUUCCAUGUGCACAUGUGGCCCUGCACAACACACACACACACGUGUGACAUUUACUCGUGUAUGUAUCAGAUGCACCGUUGAGCUGCUCGGGUGCCUACCGAUUCGCUGUCUGUUUCGGUGAGUCCGACGCCCACGGUGGCUCCGACCUGGCAGUGUGUGGUGGACAGGGGGAUGCCGAGGUUGGAGCCGAUGAUGAUAAUCCAGGCAGCACCUAACUCGAUACAGAAGCCGCGGCUGGGCGUUAUCUUGACCAUCUUGACGCCGAUCGCCUUGAUCACCUGCACACACACACACACACACAGCCCACCCAUUGUGUGCCUUAGAGUAUUGACUGUGCCGUCUGUGCGUCCGUACUCUGUAACCGUAGAGCGCCAGUCCGACAGCGAUGCCAGCGCCUCCGAAGGCGAGGACGUACAGGGGCGUCUCGACCUUGGCGACGGCCGCUCCGGCACUGUAGAUACCCAGAAUGGCCGCGAAGGGACCCACGGCGUUGGCCGUGUCGUUGCUCCCGUGACCCACGCAGUCGAAACACGCUGACAACACCUGCACACACAUAUACAGAGAGGGGCAUGUGUGUGUCGCAUUCCUCUGUUCAUCGUUCAUUGGGGAUGGUCCUGUGUACCUGGCAAAUGGCGAAGAAUCGUUCGGUCCUGCCAUCGAACGAUUCGGUGGAGUCGUGGAUGCGGGCGGCCGCCUUGCUCUCCUGCAGGGCGUCAUCGUGCAGGUCCUGGUUGAAUGGCAUCGACUGCAGACAGACAGACAGGCGCACACAGACGGGGAAGUGCUUGUGUGGCAAUGUGUCCCAUCACAUCCGCUCGUUUGCUUACGUACCUCCCACAUCUCCUCCGCGCGCGUCUUUUUCUUCUGCAGUUGGCCGUCCCCCGGCACCCCGGUGGGCUCAGAGUCUACGAGCUGGCCGUCCUUUUGCACACCGAUCGGCUGGAUGGCAUUGUGUGCCGAGUAGUGCUGUGGCGGCGUGAUGGUUCCUGGGGAGGGGGUGGUCUUCUCGCUCGACCCAUUGACCGCGCUCGUGCUCACGCCCUCCUCUACAUCCUUCACCUUCGUCAGCUAAAGACACACACACACACACACACGCACACACACACAUAUCCCUCCCACCCUCCCUCCCCCCUCCCUCUGUGUGUGUGUGUGUGUGUGUGUGUGUACCUCAGCGUCCUUCUGGCUCUUGAGCACGUCGGCGUCAUACUGCGCGAGGGCGGUCUUAGCCCACCACCAGAUGGGAGCGGUGCAGAUGGCGGCCGCCCCGACGGCCAUGGCGAGUGUGAUGCCCACAGCCGCACCGGGGUUGGACGUCGCCCACUUCUUGACGAUGCCUGAAGCAAGCCACACGGAACAGUAUGGCCGUCUGUGCUGGUGGAGAAGGGGCGUGUGUGCAUGUGUGUGGCAAGGCGCUUGCGAGGCUUACACGGCUCCUUCGCGACGUUGUAGCCGAGGUCUUUAUCGUACAUCAUGCACUCGACACCGGCCAGGUACCCGUUGUUCCUUCAGGACACAUGGAGGGAUGGAUGGAUGGGCCCGCACGUGUCUUUUGCGUGUGUGUAUUGUGUUAUGGUCUGCGGUCUCCCUCCCUCCCUCCCUCCCUCUCUCCGCUGCUUACUUGAAGACCAGGUAAAGGAAGAAGGUGGCGAACACCAAGAAGAGGAACACGGGGAGCAUCCUGCGUGUGGGGGAGGGGCAGGGGUGGUGGCACAAGACACAAGCACCAACAUACACACAUACACACAUACACACAUACACUCAGGGAGGGACGGGACGGACGGCCACAAAGGCUCUCAUCUCAUCUCAUCCACCCCAUCCACCCGCCCGCUUACCAGAAUCCUCGGUUGACCGAGUCCCGGGCCUUCAGCACCAACUCACGAAUGAUGACGAAGAGAAUCGCUGAUCGUGAUUGACGCAACCAACCAAGCAACCAAGCAAGAAGAACCCACGAUAUGUGGACGAACGAGUGGGUGUUGGCAGCGCAGCUCACCUGCUGCGAUGCCCGACAGGAUGGGCGAGAUGAACCACGACGCAACGAUCAUGCCGACCUGGUCCCAGUGGACGGCAUUGAUGUCACCCGUGGCCAUUGAAAACCCUGCACGCAGCACACGCCAUGCAGCACGCAAGGCACACACACAAGAUGUUGAGUAAGCGAGGCCAGUCGUGCGUGUGUGUCUGUGUGCGCGUGUGUGCGUUGACGUACCCACGAUGGAACCUAUGAUGCUGUGUGUGGUGGAGACGGGCCACCCGAGGUAGCUCGCCACCAUCAGCCACAUCCCCGCGCCAAUCAGAGCACACAGCCUGCAACCGACCGACCGACCGACAGACACAAAGGGACAUUCACACACAUCUUGCACCUGUGUGUGUCUGUCUGCAUGGCUGACUCUUUCUCCUCACACACACACACUUACAUGCCGAACAUGAGCAGCUCCGGGUUGUCGAUGAAGACGUCAAAGUCGACGAUCUUCUUGCGCACGGUGUCGGCCACUUGACCUCCAAGGAAUGCCGCACCGACGAACUCGAGGAUGGCCGACAGGAAGAUGGCCAUCUUGAGGUUGAUGGCCUUGCUCCCGAUACUCGACGCAAACUGAUUCGCCACAUCGUUGGCACCGAUUCCUGCACACAGCCAGGCACACCAGCACACAGAUAAGGUUGUGUCUCUGUGUGCGCGUGGAGGCCCUCUUUCUCCUCUUUUGGCCCACCAAAUGCCAUGACGAAGCAGGCAAUCCAUCCUGACACACACCAGACAACAGACAGACACGACUGACACACGUGUGUGUGAGGGAACACCCAACACCAAAAGCAUGAUCAGGGUCACAUGCGACGGGAGGCGGGGAGAGAUGGGACAGCAAGGGGGCUCACCUGCGACAACGAUCCAGUAGUAGUCAGACACCAUCUUCACAGACGCCUCCUUGCUCGGGAAUGGGCGACGCUGGAGGGCUCACAGGGCUGCUUGUCUCGAGUGGAAAAGGUCCGUAGGUGGAUCAAUAGAUUUGUGCUUCCCAGAUGACAGAUCUGUCGUGAGGUGAUGUGGAGGACUCUCAAGUCGAAGCGACGACUGAUCUGAG